GCCUGGCCGGGGCUGGGCGCUGGCCUCGGACCCGCCACUUCCCCGCGGGCCAUGGAGCGGCUGACAUUACCUGCCGGGGGCGCGGCGGCCGUGGACGAGUACCUGGAGUACCGGAGAAUUGUUGGUGAGGAUGAUGGGGGGAAACUUUUUACUCCCGAAGAAUAUGAAGAAUAUAAAAGAAAAGUUUUGCCUCUGCGUUUACAGAACAGGUUAUACGUGAGUUGGCGAUCACCAACUGGAAUGGAUUGUAAGCUUGUGGGCCCAGAGACACUAUGCUUUUGUACACAUAGGUAUAAACAACACAAAACCGACUUUGAAAAGAUUCCACAGCAGCGCCCCAUCAGCCUGCCAUGCCGAGUGCCCGGCUGCGCAUGCCAGGCUUACCGCUACGUCCCGCUGAACGGCACGCAGCCCAUCCGCUGCAGGUGCAAGCACUUUGCUGACCAGCAUAGCGCUGCGCCUGCCUCUGUCUGCAAUGCCUGUUCCAAGUGUUCAGGAUUUCACAGUGGCUUUACAUGUGGUUGUGGUCAGCCUGCCUAUGCUCAUGACACAGUAGUGGAAACUAAGCAAGAAAGACUGGCUCAGGGCAAACCAGUGGGACAGGAUGUUCCUUAUGCAGCAAUGGGAGGAUUAACUGGCUUCAGCUCAUUGGCAGAAGGCUACAUGCGAUUGGAUGACAGCGGAGUUGGUGCCCCUUCGAUUGAAUUUUUAGACUCCCCAGCUACAUCCACGGACCAUUCAUUCCUAAAAGCAUUUCAAGCAUCCUCUAGUUCUCAAGAAACACAAAAAGCAGGUACAAGUAAUCAAGUUUCUUCCUUAAGGAGACCUGACGAGGAUGACAUGGCUUUCUUUGAAAGAAGAUACCAGGAAAGGAUAAAAAUGGAAAAGGCUGCUAAACAGAAAGGAAAAGCACCAUUGCCAUCGUCUAUGAAACCUUCCUGAAGACUGCUGGGGAAAUUAAAACCACCAUCCAAAUAUGUCUGUCCCCUUUUAAUUUAAAUGUAAUAGUUAACUAUUUCUUAAAUUAUUUCUUUUAUAGUAUAAAAUAAUUAUUUUUGAUAUUCAAGAAAAAAGCACUUGUUUAGUUUUUGUCAAAAUUCGUAUUUUCUACAUUGUAUGUAAUUAUCUUUCCUAACAAAUGAGGACAUUUUCCCGAAAGAAAUCUAAAAAGGCAGAUGUUUAGUUGAUCAUAUUAAACUUUUACAGACUAAUUUAAAAAGUUUAAGAUAUGGGAAUGCCGACUGGUUCAGCCCUUUUGGAAAACAAUAUGGAAGAUUCUCAAAAAAUUAGAAGUUGAGCUCUCACUUCGCCCAGCAAUACCACUUCUGGGAAUAUAUCCUGGAGAUGCAAAAAAGUAUAGUAGAAAUGACAUCUGCACCUGUAUGUUCAUUGCAGCACUGUUUACAAUAGCCAGAAUCUGGAAAAAACCCAAGUGUCCUAAAACCGAUGACUGGUUAAAGAAACUUUGGUACAUCUACACAGUGGAAUACUAUGCAGCUGUUAGAAAGUAUGAAGUCAUGAAAUUUGCAUAUAGGUGGAUCAACAUGGAAAGUAUCAUGUUAAGUGAAAUGAGUCAGAAAGAGGGAGACAGACAUAGAAAGAUUGAAUUCAUCUGUGGAAUAUAAAGUAACAGAAUGGGAGACUAACACCCAAGAGUAGUAGAGAUAAGGACCAGGAGGAUUACUCCACAGCUUAGAAACCUAGAAACCGGCCUCGCAUGCUGUGGAAAAGGCAGCUCAGAUAGAGAAGGGACCACCAAGUAAAGGGUGCUAGGAGGGCCCGUUUGGGAUGGGAGAUCCGGGCUGAAAGUAGACUAUAGACCAAACAUGAUGGCCACUUAAUACCUCUACUGCAAACCACACACCCAAAAGGAGAGAGAGAGGAAAAGGG